AGUUGGGAUAGUCUUGAGGAUGCCAGUAUGUUCUUUGUAACGGAGAGAUGCGGGACGACGAAGGUUGGUGGUCUCAUUGAAUGUCGUUGUGCUGCAGCUGCGGUUUGCGGGUGACCGUCGUUCGCAUUAUCGAUUAGUUGUUGUGAAAGACGUCAUACAUCUCGACUUCUCAUUUGGCCCGAAAACGAAGAUCUAUGGAUUUCUACACAAUUUUUCUAUACGGCAAUUCCACCCCGACCGGCUCUUGAAUGCAUGAUCGUGACCAUUGCGGGGGAUUGACCGGCUACGUUAUCCCGAAUGUGGAUCAAGGAUGUGAUGAAAAGAACCUCGACCCCGCCAUUGAUCCCUCACCGAUACGCUCUCCAGACAAACAGCCGGCAAGAUGAUGGAAACAGGCUACUACAAGUUCACAAACCUCGAACACCUCUACUACGGCCCCGACUCCCUCCAGAAAAUCCCAAAGAUCCUGAAGGAUUGGGGAUGUCAGAAGAGUGCGAUCAUUUCGACAAAGUCGUUGAUUGAGAAGACCGAUUUGGUCAAGAAGCUCGAGAAGAUUACGGAGGCGACGCAUACGCAGACGCUUGGGUCAAUCGCUCAGCAUUCGCCGAUUAAACAAAUCAAGGAGCUGGUGGAACAAAUCGAGGUUCUGGGACUCGACUCCAUCAUCGCAAUCGGCGGCGGCUCUCCCAUCGAUGGCACCAAGUUCGUCAACCACCUCUACCACGAAAAGACCGGAAAGUACUUGAAGUACAUUGCGGUACCCACGACCCUCUCCGCAGCCGAAUACACCACCGGCGCAGGCUACACCAAUGAGGAGGGUGUUAAGGAGCAGAAAAAGGAUCCAGCGAUGUGUCCGGGUGCGAUUAUAUUGGAUCCGAAUGUGACGACGAGUACCCCGGAACGUUUGUGGGUCAGUACGGGAAUGAGGGCAAUUGAUCAUGCGAUUGAGUCACUAUACCGUCCGGGGGUGCCGGUGUUUAAUAAGAGACUCUGCUAUGCAGCCCUCGAGGAUUUAUUCAGGUAUCUACCGCUGAGUAAGGCGAACCCGGGGAAUUUGGAGUAUCGGAAUGCGUUGCAGGUCGCGAGUGCGAUGAGUAUUUUCCCGUUACAGAUGGAAGGGGGGAAUAUGACACCGUGGCCGCUUAGCCAUGUCUUGGGACACCAGUUAGGUGCGACGUAUGAGAUUCCUCAUGGGAUAACGACGUGUAUCACUCUGUCAAGGGUUGUUAGGAUGAAAGCGAACUCCCCGCACGUCUCGCCCGAAGAAAAGGAAUGGGUCGCGGGAGCCCUUCCAUACAUCCGUCGCGGAAUGGGGGUGCACGACGUCUUUGCGGAUGAAAUCGUCGUGGAGAGGCAGGUGGAGGAAGUAGCGGAUCGGAUUCAGAAGUUGGUUGACGGGUUGGGGUUGCAUAGUAAUUUGAAGGAUUGGAAGGUGGGACGGGAGGAGGUUGGAAAGAUUGUGGAGAGGGUUACGAAGGAGGAGAAGGGGAGGACGGAGAGGGGAGAGAUUGAGAGGGUGCUUGAGGAGUGUUAUGAUGCUUGA